GGUGGAGAUUGUACUGCUCCAAUUCAGACAUUCAAGAUUACGGUUCGCUUGCCCAACAACAAUGUCUCUGUCGAAGAACUCAAGCCGGAUUUGGUGCAUGCCCUCUUCGAAUCGGACAAAAAAAUGUGCAGACUGGAUGUCAGACUCGCACCGGAUGAUUGCAGUGUUGUCAUAGGCUACGGAAUGCCGUUCUCUCACCCCGGCGAGCAAUUUGAAGCAUUCAUCAACAACAGUGCACCGGAUAGUGUUGGCGUGACACUGAUUGAGGUCCUCCAGCAGCGACACUUCUCCUUUGUCGUUGCUUCUCCGUCCAAUGUUUUGCGCAAUUGGUGGACUCAGCCAUUGCCGCCGCCACUUCAUUAUCCGUAUGGCCAAGAGCACGCGUGGUCCUACGAGCGAUACUACGAUCUUAUCUCAGGGAACAAAGGUCCCCAGUUUCCGCCUACUUGGAGCUUCAACAACGACAACGAUCAUCUCACCGUGCUCACACAAUCCGAGAUUCAGGAUAUCAUGUGGGUUCACCAAGCUGCUAUAGAGAUUAGCGAAGUUUUCUUCCGGGCCUACUUCAUUGCCCCUGGUGAUGAGGACCCGCAAGAUUGUCAAGAGCUCUAUGCCGUUGUGACUCUUGGAAAGCAAUUCAUUGAGCAGCAUCGUCAGCCUUGGUUUCGUCUUGUAAACUUGAGGACCCUCAAACUUCUACUUUUCGAUCGUGAAGGUGACGAGAAUCCCGCCGAAUGGAACGCUCGAAUUGCAGAGGGCUUCAGCAAGGCUGGGCAUCCGAUUCGCAAUGAUGACCUCGUUCUUCAAGUUCGAAGACCGGGCCCAACAGACAGCGACCGCCGCCCCGAUUUCAAAGUCAAGGCAUUCGAUACUCGCAGGAGAGCCGACGAUGCCCAGAGGCGAGACAACGACGGCUGGACCUGCGUCUCGCUGCAGUUUAACAACGACAUGUUCAGAGACCACAAGCGCAAGGUCAAAGCUGUGAACUGGUUCAGUUCACAAGCCCAGCCGCACGAUGUCCCCGAAGAAUUGAGCAGUCAAGCGGCCAUGCCGCCCAUUUCUGAAGAACUCCGGUUCAGGAUGGCGCUUCACCGCGCCCUGGUGCAUGGCAAUGGCUUUUGGAAAGUCCUUGCCCCAAACCAGGACGGCGAAGAGAUGGACCAGCUCACCGGUGCCAUGGCAAAGGCACGUCUGACGGACCAAGCAGAGUCGUUGGCUCACCGCGGUCUCCCCGUCGUCAACCUCAUCGAUCUGCCGGAUCGGCACAUCGACGCCCUGAUGGAGGAGGUCCUGCCUGCUGACCAAAUGCGCCUCUACAAUUACUUGUCCGAAAGAUGUCUCGGCCUUGUUCUUAUAGCAGCGCCACCUGGUUUUGGUAAAACGACUCUCCUGGCCACAACGACACUCGCCAUGGCAGCAACCCUCGGCAAGAUCUUCGCCGCAGCUCCAACCAACGUUGCGACCGACAACUUUGCCGAGCGAUUGGACCUCAUUUCGCAAAACGUCGUCGAGCGUCUGAACACGGGCAAGCAAUCGGAAGACCAGACACGAGCCCGACGGACCUUUGUUAUGCGCGGCUACAAGCCCGGGGAUGAAUACCAAGCAUUCAUCAACCUCUUGCGAGAUCCAAAGCUUGGCGACAAGGCGGCGCCCGACAACUGGCUCAGAGACUCCAACUGGAGGCUGCACCUCUCUCUCUCCUUCUGGCUUCUCAUGGCCCUGGAGUCCAACGCCGUCCGCAGGCUUCAUCACGACGACCCCUCGAGCAUCCACACAAUGAAGCACAUACUUGGCUCGACCCCAGCAUACAAUCGCCUUUGCCGUGUCGCGAGAGGAGCCAUGACCUGGGAAGAGUACGAAAGCGGUCCGGCCGUGCAUAGAGACGUCAUCAGCGGCCUGUUUUAUACUCUGUUGCAGUCGGCUGACAUCUUGUGCACAACGCCGUCAUUGUCAUGCCAGGAUGACUUCAAGGCCUGGAAAGAAAAGGCCAAGGGCAUCGCAGUGGACGAGGCUGGCAACAUCAGCCGCCCGGAUCUCUACUGUGUAUGGGGCAACACGCUUUUGCCCUGCGCCAUGGGCGGCGACGAUAGGCAAUUUGCCCCGUCCAACCAGACUCGUGAGGACGAGAUGGAUAGCGACGGCAACCACCUCAACCGAUUCGGCGGGGACGCGCGGAUCUCGGCCCUCGAGUUCUUCAGAGCGUCCGGCUGGCCUACGUUCCGUCUGCGAGUCCAGCUGCGAAUGGCCCGCGGACUCUUCGAUGUCUGCCAUCGAGAGGUCUACAGUGACCUGCCUUUUAGCUAUGGCUCGGGCAGCGAACUGGUGAACCAUGGCGUUGGCCAGGCUCUGGAACGCCAUCUCCGCGCGAGAUUCCGCCAAUUGCGCCCGCCACCUCCUGGUAACCUCGGAGAGGUGUUUUUCCACUGCCAAGGCACGACUUGCAUCGUUGACGAGGUGACCAGGUCAAAGAGGAACCCAGACCAAGUUGAGAAUGCUCUGGAGUUCCUCUGCGGCCUGGUCAGAAGGACGCCUGGUAUCCGCGCCUCCAACAUCGCCGUCAUUUGCCCUUACAAGGCAAAUGCUCUCCACGUCGAGCGACGCCGCAGGAAGCCGCAGUUCUCGGCACUUUCCGCCAUGCCGCCCGCCACCACCGUCGAUUCCUUCCAGGGUCGUGAAGCCGACAUCGUCGUGGUCAUCAUAGGCACCACGCAAAGAGUCGGGCCUGGGUUUACGACGGAUAAGCACCGGCUCAACGUGAUGCUCAGUCGGCAGAGAAGCGGCCUCGUCAUCUUCGGGGACAUCAAUGUCCUAGGGUCGAUA